GAAAGCGGGACCCAAUCAUGAGAUUCCAUUGGCAAGGUUCCGAUGAACUGACCUGAGAUCAAAGCGAAGGGUUUGGAUUUGCAGAAAGCAGAAAUGAAAGCAUCAGCAAUAUCAUCACUCCUAAACUUGAAAUCUUUCAAUUUCCACAACCACACUCCCAACUCUCUCCCCUUCUUCUCCACUCCCUUUCUCUCUGUUUCCUCCAAUCCCCGCCACAACUACUCCUCCCCUUCUCCAAUCAUGGCCGCAUCCUUCAACUCUGAACGAGCACGUGCCCCACCACCCAUUCACAUGCCCACUCCCCCUCUCACCAAGUUCAAGAUUGGCCUUUGUCAACUCUCAGUCACCCCCGACAAGGACAGAAACAUCGACCAUGCCCGCAACUCCAUUCGGGAUGCUGCAUCAAAGGGAGCACACCUUGUUCUUUUACCCGAAAUUUGGAACAGCCCUUAUUCCAAUGAUAGUUUUCCCGUCUAUGCUGAGGACAUUGAUGCUGGUGGCGAUGCUUCUCCUUCCACUGCCAUGCUCUCUGAACUCUCUCGUCUUUUAAAGAUCACCAUUGUUGGUGGUUCUAUUCCAGAACGUUCUGAGGGUCGCUUAUACAACACUUGUUGUGUCUUUGGCACUGAUGGAAAGCUAUUAGCCAAGCACCGCAAGAUACAUCUUUUUGAUAUUGAUAUCCCUGGGAAGAUUACCUUUAUUGAAUCCAAAACUCUUACUGCUGGGGAGACUCCCACUGUUGUGGACACAGAGGUUGGACGCAUUGGCAUAGGCAUCUGUUAUGACAUUCGGUUUCCUGAACUAGCAAUGAUAUAUGCUGCUAGAGGUGCUCACUUACUCUGCUAUCCUGGGGCAUUCAACAUGACAACUGGACCAUUGCAUUGGGAGUUAUUGCAGAGGGCAAGGGCUACAGAUAAUCAGUUAUACGUGGCUACCUGUUCACCUGCUCGGGAUACUGGAUCUGGUUAUGUGGCUUGGGGACACUCCACUCUUGUUGGACCAUUUGGAGAAGUUCUGGCUACUACAGAACAUGAGGAGGCAAUCAUCAUAGCAGAAAUUGAUUAUUCAAUGUUGGAGCAAAGAAGGACAAGUCUCCCAGUGACUAAACAACGACGAGGUGAUCUAUACCAAGUGGUGGAUUUUCAGAGGUUGAAUUCCCAGUAACAGGAGCAGGACUAUUGUAAUUGAGACAUCUGGAUUACCUUGUAUGAGCCAUCAGCUUGUCGUCUAUCUUAUGGUUAUUUGGAUUGGAUGUUGUAUUAUUGCUGACAUGGAACUGAAACCCUGAAGGGAAGAAAUAAAUAAAUGAAUUUGUGCUAUAUCGAAUACUUUAUUCUGUUCUUAAUUGCUAUCGUGUCCACUAAUAUCAGACGCA